UGAAUCGGUUUCCACAUCUUCUAUAUCUCCCACAUCUUCCACAAGCUUAUCGAUUCCUACAUUUUCCACAACCUUGCUAUUUUCUAAUCAUUUGGUUGAAACCUCUUUUGAAGAUGUUUCAAGUUCCGUUGAAAGUGAUAGUAAUCUUGAAGAAAUCCAAAAUAUCACAAACUAUCAUACAAAAAAAUUUAAAAAUAAACGCAAACCUGCUCCUAUUUGUGAUUAUCUCGAUACACUUGAAGAUGGCUCCCGCAAUUGCAAACUUUGUAAUAAUAAAUGGGGAUCAAGUACAUCAUUAUCAACUAUAACUCGACAUUUUGAAAACAAACACCCACGUAUUUUUAAAGAUCUUAGACAAGCUACUACGAAAUUUGCUCAUCCUCCAUAUUCAAUGGUUGAAAGAAUCGAGAAAAGUCGUGUAGAAUCUUUAAAUAAAGAUUUAUGGGAGUGGAUUGUUACAAGUCAAUUACCUUUUUCUAUAGUCGAAGAAACUCGUUUUAUUAAAUUAUUCACAAAUCUCGACCCACGUUACAAGACACCUUGCCGUCAAACACUUUCUACAACU